CAGAGUCUCCACCACCAUGGCUAUCACCGACUUUCUCGCAGCCUCGGACAUCACAUCGGCUCUUAAUGCUUGUAAAGCAAAGGAUUCCUUUAGCCCGAAGAUGUUUUUCAAGACAGUGGGUCUAUCCAGGAAAACUCCAACAGAGAUUGAGAAGGUCUUUAAGAUUUUGGACCAGGACAAAAGCGGCUUCAUUGAACAGGAUGAGUUACAACUGUUCUUGCAGAACUUCUCCAAAGGCGCGAGAACCCUGACUGUAGCUGAGACCAGAGGUUUCAUGCUGGAGGGAGACGCGGACGGAGACGGGAAGAUCGGUUGGGAAGAGUUUUCUGCGCUGGUCAAAUCUUCAUAAAACAUGAUCCAUAUGAUUUGUUGUAUGUUGAUAAUCUCAGGGAGGACCUCUUUUUAAAAUGUGAACUAGCUGCAGUAAAUAACACAGACUCAUCCAUGGAUCUUAUGUGUUUAGAGUGAUAAGUUGUGGUUUUAAUGGAAAGUAACGUAAUAAAGUAAUACAAAAUAAUGAAAUCUUGCAUCUCUGCUAUGUGGCUUUCCCUGCCAAACAAGUGGUGAAAUAAAUGAACUUUUCUCUG